GUCCUAUGAGCUAAUCCCUCCUUUCCACCGCCCUGAUCAUGAAUUAGGCCAUCAUCUCACGAUACCUCGCAUCAACAGAACAAACAAAAGGAGCUCGGGCUGCACGAUUCUUUGUCGUCAACAGUGCGAUUCCCAUCUAGCUUCAGUUGUGCGCUACCAUCUCACUGGCAUUCCUCAGCCUCGGACUAAAACCGACGUCAUCACCUUUCGAGCUCUCAAGUCGCGUUCUCAUCUGGAGCGCCCGACAAUAAAACAGGAGCACCAUCCGGCUACCCCUAGAACCGCUCUGUCAUCGGAUCCAAGAAGGCGAAGGAACGACAAGCACCAACCACCAGAGUCCGACGACACGAGCUCGCAACGCGAGCCACCCCAACCGCCGCCAUGGACAUCUUCCGGCACGGCAAGAGCUACAUCCUCUUCUUGAUCCUCCACUUCUUCGCCUUCGUCCUCUCCCUCACCGUCAUCGGCCUGUACGCGCAGGACAUCCAGCGCGCGCGCGAGGCGGGCAAGCACUCGGACCCCAAGUGGGUCUUCGCCGUCGUCGUCGGCGCCCUGUCGGCGGUGACGGCGCUCAUCUACUUUGUGCCCUUUGUGCUGCGCUUCGCCGUCGUGCCCAUCUGGAACACGAUCCUGUUCGUGCUGUGGAUCGCCGUGUUUGGCGUCUUCGGCGCCAUGUACAUCCACGAGGACCCCGAGGGCGACGGCGGCAUCAAGCGCAUGAAGGACGCCGUCUGGAUCGACCUCGCCAACGCCGUCAUGUGGCUGAUCCUGGCCCUGACGGCCUUCGUGUACUGGUGGGGCCACCGCGAGCGCCAUUCACGCUUCACCGGCCGCGCCAAAGUUUAGGGGACCGACACAAAGGUCGGCAGCAGGGGCUCUACGGAGCUGGACGAUCUGAUUAGAGCCUAGGCAGGGAUCGUUUGCUGGGUCUCAGGGUGAUGAGACCCCUGCGGUGAUUAGACCCUGGAGGAGACAGGCUUGGAUGUUUGGAUCACGAGACGUGGAGAAAUUAUCUGAGUGGUUGUGAUUUCCAGUUUACGGACGUUUUCUCAAAGUCACUGGGGGAGACGUUACUUAGUCGGCCUUGUUUUCCUUCACAGCAACCGCGAUACCCUUUGCGUGUACAAGUCCAUAGGCGCCGUAUAGAGACCCAAGUUUACACAAUAAUGUUUUACCUUUAUUUAUCUCUGAUA